GUCGUAUUACAACAGGGAUUGAUUUUUUCAUUUUUUCUACUUUCCAAAAAUAUUUACCUUACAUGCCGUUUAUUCCACUAAGGUGCAACAUUAUACAGUAAAAUUCCGGACGGCAACAAGGCAUGCAGGUUGUUCUACACUAAGUUAUUAAACAGCAGACCCAAUCUUAUCAUUGUCAGCAUGUGUUGAUGGAAGCUUCGGUAAACGGCUAUUAUACGUCACUUCGACACCUGCAAUUGACAACAUGAUUCGAAUCCUACGCAGGCUUAUCAUUCGCUAUUUUGGAGGUGUAAAAAACUUCCUUAUAUGGGUGUCAUGUGUUGUCUUGACAAUAUAUUUGAUUGACACAUGGCUGCUUACUCAGGAUCGUAUCGACAAUUAUGUUAGAUCUGCAACUCCAGCACCCAAGAAGUGUGGUUUAGACAAGGGUUGUGAGGCUGGGACAUAUGCCUACUACAUCAAGUCAGGAGAGGGAAAGGAUAUCGGGCCUACCAUAUGCUUUGAAGAUGAAUAUUUGAUGACUCCUAAGUCAGGAAACACAGGCCGGGGAAUUAACAUGGUAGUCAUUGAUGAUAUGUCUCGCAAGAUGGUUGACAGAAAGGUGUUUGAUACCUACGUCUCAGACAGUGAACUGAUACGCUACCUGAAAACAGAGGUUAAGGACCACCAUGUAAUACUAGUGGCUUCGCAGGAUGAAAUAACAGCUAAUCUGGGGGAAGAAAGCAAAACAUCCCUGAGGAAAUAUGGUGCAGGGGCUAUCACCAAUAUCCUGUAUAGAGAAUCGUACAUUCUUCUUGGUCAGAAAGGCCUAGUAGCUGGCGAUGGUGUGGAGAAGGUUGGAAAGAGAGGUGACGGAGAAUUCGCAGAUCCCAUUUACCUAAGUGGCUGUUUGAAGAUUCCCAUUGGAAACUUAGUCAAAGUUGAUGAUGGUCUAAAAGCCAAUGUUAAAGCUGGUAAAGAAAUUAAAAAAGGAGACGAAUUGAAGAACUGUGGUAUGCCAGAUCCCUGUGAUUCCUCAAGUUUCCCAGUUCAUAUAAAUGCAGGCCAAGGAAACAAGGCACUCCCCAAAAUGUGCAUCAGUGAAAAAUAUGUAUUUGCGGAAGGAGUGAAUGAUGCAGGUAGAGGUUUUAACAUUGCAGUGGUUGACCCCACCACUAAAGACAUACUACGAUUGGGUCGCUUUGACACAUAUGCUCAAGAUAGUAGCUUGCUUGAGAUCUUCCUUGAACAAGUGGAAGAUGGGCAGAUAGUAGUUGCAGUCACUAAUGACGAUGCAUCAACAAAGUUAAACAACCACGCUAAAGAGCUCUUUAACAAACUAGGGAGUAGUCAGAUUCAGAAUGUACGUUUCCGCGACACUUGGGCUAUGGCGGGGAUGAAGGGAAUUGGAGGUUUCACCCAGUUUGAGCAGUUGCAGUUUGCAGGCGCAAAUGGAGAAUGGCCAGAAGAAAUGGAUAUGAAGAUGUGUGUUCCUACCCAAAUCAAAGGUAGUAAGAUCAGACCAGACCCUCUGGUGACCCGUAAUGACCAGAAAAGAGAGUUCUGUAAGAAGUAUGACGGCUAUGGCGAGUUCUGUGAUGCCAGGAAAAUCGAUGAACCCAUGGCAGCUGCCACGCUUUCUGACCCUUCAUUAGAGGGUAACGCCAUCUUUGAUGUGCCGAUUGUGGUAAUCCCAGGGCUCAACCAUAAUGCCCUUAGAAUGCAGCUAGAGACAAUACUCAUGCAGCCUGGGAUUCAACCCAAGAAUGUACAUGUUAUGUAUGAUGAAAAGUUUGAUGAAUCUGCUGCUUUGACCAACGUAUUCGGCUACAAUGCAGUAUCACUCUCCAGUAGCGUCAAAUAUACAGAUCAGAUGAAGAAAGCGAUAUCAUAUGCAUUCCAAGAAUUCAAAGAUGCUCAAAAUAUAAUAUUCCUAGAAGAAGAAGUUAUCCUAGGUUCAGACUUCCUCUCCUAUAUGGCCCAGACCUUGCCACUGCUGGAGAGCGACUCAACCAUAGCUGCCAUAUCAGCCUGGAAUGAUAAUGGCUAUGAGGGGGUUUCAGGGAACAGCAGCCUCCUAUACAGGGUGUCCCAGUUCCCCGGCCUUGGCUUUAUGUUGAAGAGGGAAUUCUACGAUACGUACAUGAAGGACAAACUUCAAGAAUGUUGCAGCUCAAGGACCUGGGAUGGCUGGCUUAAUCAACAGGAGAAAGGGAUAGAACUGGUAGUUCCAGAUGUAUCGCGUGUCUAUAGACGUCCUUAUGAGGGCAUGUCUGACCAAGCUGGUCUUCUUCAGCAACUGUUCAACAGGCAAAAGAGGAUCACCAGCUUAGAUGGCAAAGUCAAAUUGCAGAAUGUUAUGAAACUUAAAAAAGACAGUUAUGAGACUGAAUUAGAAUCUUUAUUAAAAACCAGUAUAGCACUAGAUACCAAAAACUUUGGUGAUUGUCAAAAGGAGACAGGUUUGGGAUUCACCAUCCCUUCAACUACUGAUAAAACAUAUACAAUAUACUUCAAAACAGAGAGUACCUUAGAGACACUAUGCAGAUGUUUCAAGUUGUUUCACUUAGAUGGCACUAAUCACUUUAAACCAAGGGGUCUUCAUAAUGGCAUGUUACGAUUUACUUAUGAAGGAAAAAACAACAUAUUUCUCAUUGGAGCCAGUUCACCAUAUUACAAAUACAAACCAACAGAAUACACCCCAGUCAGCUCAUAGCACGAACGAUAUCAUUCAUACAUACAUCGACUAUAUCAUCUCUUGCGAUUUCUAUGCAUACAAGGGUUGUUCAAUAAAUACU